AUGGAGGCGGGCGCCGGGGCUGGCGCGGGCGCCUCGGGCUGGAGCUGCCCGGGCCCAGGACCCACAGUGACCACUUUAGGCUCCUACGAGGUGUCUGAGGGUUGCGAGAGGAAGAAGGGCCAACGCUGGGGGUCGUUGGAACGGCGGGGAAUGCAAGCUAUGGAGGGGGAAGUGUUACUCCCAGCUCUCUAUGAGGAGGAAGAGGAGGAGGAGGAAGAGGAGGAAGAAGAGAUGGAAGAAGAGGAUGAUCCAGGGCAGAAAGGUGGCAACGAGGGCUCUCUGUCAGUCGGCAAGCACCGAGGCCUGAGCCUCACGGAGACCGAGCUGGAGGAGCUGAGGGCUCAGGUGCUGCGGCUGGUGGCAGAACUGGAGGAGACCCGGGAGCUGGCAGGGCAGCAUGAGGAUGACUCGCUGGAGCUGCAGGGGCUCCUGGAGGACGAGCGGCUGGCCAGUGCCCAGCAGGCAGAGGUGUUCACUAAGCAGAUCCAGCAACUCCAAGGUGAGCUGCGGUCCCUGCGGGAGGAGAUUUCCCUGUUAGAGCGUGAAAAAGAAUGUGAACUUAAGGAAAUAGAACAGGAGUUGCAUUUAGCCCGGGCUGAGAUCCAGACUCUGCGGCAAGCAGCGGAGGACUCCGCGACCGAACACGACAGUGACAUAGCCUCCCUGCAGGAGGACAUCUGCCGGAUGCAGAAUGAACUCGAGGACAUGGACCGAAUCCGAGGAGAAUAUGAGAUGGAGAUCACCUCCCUCCGUGCAGAAAUAGACAUGAAGAACUCUGACCCUUCCAAUAGUUUCAGUCUCUCAGAUUUCUCUGAGAUGCAAGAAGAGUUGCAGCAACUGCGGGAACGCUACCACUUCCUGAACGAGGAGUACCGGGCCCUGCAGGAGAGCAACAGCAGCCUCACAGGGCAGCUUGCGGAUCUGGAGAGUGAGAGAACACGAAGAGCAACAGAAAGGUGGCUGGAGUCCGAAACGCUACGGACCAUGAAGUCAGCAGAGUCUCAGACCUCAGAAGAGGAUUUCCUGGAGCCCGAUCCUGGAAUGCAUUUGUUGCGGCAGCAGCUGCUGGGAGCCAAGGAGCAGAUGCUUGACAUGCAGAGCAAGUGUAAGAAAUUGACUUGUGAGUUGCAAGAGCUACAUCACCAUCGCCGGACCAGCGAGGAGGAGCAGAGGCGGCUGCAGAGGGAGCUCAAGUGUGCACAGAAUGAGGUGCUUCGGUUUCAGACGUCACAUAGCAUCACCCAGUCAUCCCCUGCCCCCAAUCCCCCCAUCUUCUCCUUGCCUCUCGUAGGCCUGGUGGUCAUAUCGGCUUUGCUCUGGUGCUGGUGGGCCGAGACGUCGUCCUAACACAGGUACUGGUAUUGCGUCCUCUCCUUCCUAGGGAUAGAGGGGGUUGCAGGUUGCCCUGGCCUCUCCUCUUUACCCUUUCUAUCAGCGGCUUGCUGUUUGCUUUUGUCAUUUUACAACAGGUGACAGUAACGACUGAGUGUUAGUCCUGGCUUCCCGUUGGGCUACCACAAAGCCCAUAGCAUGGCUUCCUAAUGUGUGGGGAGUUGGAAUGCUCACCAUUGACACAGUUUGAGUUUCUGUCCUCUGGCUUGGAAAAAUCUGGAUGAUUGCAGCCCUGUGGCUACUUUCAGAGCCCCUUCAACUACUUUCGAUGAGAGAUGUCUGACUGCAGGGCUUGCCUGGCUGCUCUUUGUCUUUGUUUAGCCCUAGAGCUAAGUUCUCACUAUAACUAUUAAUUACCGCCUCCCCCCUUGGGUGAGAGAGGAGGUCUGGAGAGCUGUGAGCCCCAGGGUCAUUUGUAUGAGGGCAGUCUAAGUUGUCUGUCAGCCUUGGCAUCAAACUCCACUGUAUUAUAUACUUCCUACUGAGAUGUUCUCUGGUUUGGGAAUUCUGGUCUCCAAAAAAAAUCAGAAAAAGAAAGCCACAUCUCUUUUGGGGGGUCAGAUUCUGUUGUAAUUGGCUUCCCAAGCUAGGCUUUCUGAAGAGGAUGUGGUACUGGUGAAAAGUUUCCAUUCACCAGAGAUGCCUUGUUCUCAGGGAACCAAACUGAUAUAUUAUGGGUACCAAUCCACGUAAUCUGAUCUGUUAACAGGACACCAAAUUCAGGCAGUAGAAUGUAGAACGGCCCAAAGUAGAACCCUUCCAGAACCCGUAAACUAUUCUCCCUUGACCCGUUUUGGCUCCUUUCUCAUGCUCCGCCUGCCACUUCCAUUGCUCACCCUCUCUUCUAACAUCCCUGUAAAUGGAGUGCAGUUGACUCAGAGCACACGCAGGUUCAGAGUGACUGCUGGACCAUUGUAGCUUUUAUCUGUUUCCUUUUCUCUCCUUCCUGUUUUCCUCCUCACCUUUUAUUUUCUCUUCAACCUGUCUCCUCCCUUCUGUUAGAUAAUUCCAGUUACUCCUCUCGGAGGGUCUUUAACUCCUUUGGUGUGAGGACUCUCUCCCUCUACACUCCUGGAUUUCUGAGUCCCUCCCUGUGGGAUGGGACUCACUCAAAGCACUCAGCCAUAACCUUUCACCAACUCACACCCAUCCAGGCCUGGUCCAGGGGAGCCAAAGGAACUCCUGGGUAAGGGUCCUCUGGGAGGAACCUGUUAGCCCAGAGCCUGGCUGACCCUAGUAUGCUGCCUCCCAUCCAGGAACUGAGGCUUCAGAGUCGAGUAGCAAGUGUGGCAGGGACGUUGGGUGAGUCUGUCUCUUACUUACGGCUUAGUCCCAGUGGGCAAAAUGGAUAAUCUGAACAUUAGUCUCUUCAAAUGUAAGCAAGAGAUGUUAAGUCCUGUGGCUUCCUCAUAUGAGGAACAGAUGAGUUCAUGUAUAUGAAAAUAUUUUAUAAAUGAUAGAACACCACAAAAAUAAUAAUGAGCACAUACUCUUCUUACAUAAUGCAUACUAUAUGCCAGGCACUAUUCUAAUCACCUUAUAACUAUCAACUCAUUUAAUUCUCGGAACAACCCAACAAGGUAGCUAUCAUCAGUGUAUACAUGGUAAAACUAAGGCCUAGAGAGGAUAUGUAAUACAGCCAGUAAAUUGUGAAUGAUUUUAAGGUCUUAGUAUUAGCAUCAGAUAAAAUUCUAAUCUCUUGGACUUCACUGUGGUCUCGUAGUUAAGAUUCUGUGCUUCUACUGUAGGUAGGGUGUGGGUUCAGCCCCUGGUUGAGGAACUAAGACCCCACAUGCCAUGCUGUGUGACCAAAAAGAGAAAAGAAAAAGAAUUUUCAUCCUGUUUCACUGUAUCUCUCCUCAUUUUGAGCAGUUUUCCUUGGUUACUUCUAAGUAAUUAGGAAGACACCAUUCAGCAGCCUCUUAGUGCAGCCUCAGAUCUCAUUGGCUCUCUUGCUAACUAAUACCACAUUGCUAAUUUAUUUCAUGUAUUGUUUAUAAAACCCCUUUUCACAUUGCAUAUGCUGAGCAUUCUUUCCCUGUCCUCUGCCUGCAGUUGAUUUUUUGGAUCCAAGGCAGAAUUUUCCAUUCAGCUCUGUGAGGUCUAGUCCAUUGUCUGCUGUUCUCACCUAUAGAUUGUUUUUGUUUGUUUUUUUCCUCUUGGCCCUGUGUUUUCAAAAUAUUCACGUUCACUCCCUCAUGCUCAGGGGUGACCAGCCACCAUCUUGUCUUCACCUGAGUUACAGGUGAGGGCAAGCCUCUGGAGGCCCUCUGCAGGCUCAGACUCACUGGUCACACACGAGUGCUCAUGCUGACAGCAGCCUGCUCUUGAAUUCUCAUAUUCUUUCCAAGGACAGCAUGGAAAAUCUUGUCAAACACCUUGAUUAAGUCCCCCAAACACGAUUUCCUUGAUCAGUCAAUUCAGUAAUGCAGUCUGAAAGGAAAGCCUGACAUGACUCACUCCUUAGGGACAUCCACACCCGCUGUCGCCUCAGCCAGUCUAAAGUCUCAGCUCUGCCUGGUGUAAAAGGCCACGAGUUCAUAUCUAUGGGUUCAGCUCUUUCCUCCUUUAAGAACAUCAGGCUAAUAUUUUUCUUUUUUUAAUUUAUUUAUUUGCUGCAUCCGGUCUUAGUUGUGUCUCAACAGGCUCAGUUGCUCUGCGGCAUGUGAGAUCUUAGUUCUCCGAUGAGGUACUGAACCCAUGUCCCCUGCACUGCAGGGCAGAUUCUUAACCACUGCACCACCAGGGAAGUCCCAGACUGAUAUUUUUUGCAGUGCGUGUUAGGUUGUAAGCAUCUGAGUAAAUGUUUUUCUAGCUCCCUUUUCAGUUAUCUUCUCACGUGAAUUACUCUGUAUUUGCACCUCCAACAUGGUUUUGCUUUUCUUUCAUUUCAUAUGUUCUAUUCUUCUCAGAACCUGUUUCUACAAAUUUAGGAGAUUUUCUUUGAUCUUUAUACUUGGCUUAAAAAUCCUCUUUUUAGAAUACAGAGGUAUGGCCAAAAGGCCAAAAGAUAAUAUUCAGUAAUUACUUUUUAAGUAACCCAAGGAAGGCAAGAAAGGAGAAACAACAGAACAGAAAACAAUAGGACAAACAGAAAAUAAAUAUGAAGAUGGUACACCUAAAAGGUGUAACAGUAAUGCCACAAUAAAAUAAGGCAGUACUUACCAGAAAAAAAAUCUUUUUAGACCCAUUUUUCUCUGAGCAAAUGCAUCCUUAGCAUAGUGAGUUAUUCUUUGUCCUUACCUAAAACCAUUCUUCUGUUACUUUAUGCCUUAUGCCUUUAUACUUAUGACUCAAAAUCCAAAUUGUCUUCUAAGUUAAAAAAAAAAAAGAA